AUGCGCGGGCAGGGAGGUCCCGGGCGCGGGGGGUCCAGGCUGUGGGGCCGGGGCCGUGGGCCCCCCCGGCUGUGGGUCGCGCUGCUGGCCCUGGUCCCCGGGCUCCUGUGGCAGGGGGCGCGGCCGGGGCCCCCGCUGGCCGGGGCCUCGCCGGCCGGGCGCUCGGUGGCCCGCACGGACGGCGACGUGAUCAUCGGGGCCCUGUUCUCCGUGCACCACCAGCCGCCCGCCGACAAGGUGCCCGAGAGGAAGUGCGGCGAGGUCCGGGAGCAGUACGGCAUCCAGAGGGUGGAGGCCAUGUUCCACACCUUGGAUGAGAUCAACGCCGACCCGGGCCUGCUGCCCAACAUCACGCUGGGCAGCGAGAUCCGCGACUCGUGCUGGCACUCGUCCGUGGCCCUGGAGCAGAGCAUCGAGUUCAUCAGGGACUCGCUCAUCUCCGUGCGCGACCAGGGGGACUGGGGGCUGUGCCGGCCGGGCCCGGCCCCGCUCCCCCGGGCCCGGCCCAAGAAGCCCAUCGCCGGGGUGAUCGGGCCCGGCUCCAGCUCCGUGGCCAUCCAGGUGCAGAACCUGCUGCAGCUCUUCGACAUCCCCCAGAUCGCCUACUCCGCCACCAGCAUCGACCUCAGCGACAAGACGCUCUACAAGUACUUCCUCCGGGUGGUGCCGUCCGAUACGCUCCAGGCCCGGGCCAUGCUGGACAUCGUCCAGCGCUACAACUGGACCUACGUCUCCGCCGUGCACACCGAAGGAAACUAUGGAGAAAGUGGUAUGGAAGCCUUCAAAGAGCUGGCUGCACAGGAAGGGCUUUGCAUUGCCCACUCGGACAAGAUUUACAGCAACGCCGGGGAGAAGAGCUUCGAUCGACUGCUGCGGAAGCUCCGAGAGAGGCUGCCCAAGGCCAGGGUUGUGGUUUGUUUCUGUGAAGGGAUGACCGUCAGAGGACUCCUCAGUGCCAUGAAGCGUCGUGGAGUCGUAGGAGAGUUCCUGCUGAUUGGAAGUGAUGGCUGGGCAGACAGAGACGAAGUCAUUGAAGGUUAUGAGAUGGAGGCCAAUGGGGGCAUCACCAUCAAGCUUCAGUCUCCAGAGGUCUUGUCUUUUGAUGACUACUUCCUGAAGCUAAGGCUGGAUACCAACACUCGUAAUCCAUGGUUUCCCGAGUUCUGGCAGCAUCGGUUCCAGUGCCGCCUUCCUGGGCACCCCUUGGAAAAUCCCAACUUUAAAAAGAUCUGUACAGGAAACGAGAGUUUAGAAGAAAACUAUGUUCAGGACAGCAAAAUGGGGUUCGUCAUCAAUGCUAUCUAUGCUAUGGCACAUGGCUUGCAGAAUAUGCAUCACACCCUCUGCCCUGGACAUGUCGGCCUGUGCGACGCUAUGAAGCCCAUUGAUGGAAGCAAGCUUUUGGACUUCCUCAUAAAGUCUUCUUUCGUUGGUGUUUCGGGAGAAGAAGUGUGGUUUGAUGAAAAGGGAGACGCUCCAGGCAGAUACGAUAUUAUGAAUCUGCAAUUCACGGAUUCCAACCAAUAUGAUUAUGUCCUCAUUGGGACCUGGCAUGAAGGGGUGCUCAAUAUUGAUGAUUAUAAGAUCCAGAUGAACCAGAGUGGAAUGGUUCGGUCUGUGUGCAGCGAGCCUUGCUUAAAGGGACAGAUUAAGGUCAUUCGGAAAGGAGAGGUGAGCUGCUGUUGGAUUUGUACAGCUUGUAAAGAAAAUGAAUACGUGCAGGAUGAGUUCACCUGCAAAGCUUGUGACUUGGGAUGGUGGCCAAAUACUGACCUAACAGGCUGUGUACCCAUCGCCGUUCGCUAUCUCCAAUGGAGCAACAUAGAGUCGAUUGUGGCCGUGGUCUUCUCCUGCCUAGGGAUCCUAGUCACCAUGUUUGUCACCCUAAUCUUUGUCCUCUACCGGGACACUCCAGUGGUUAAGUCAUCCAGCCGGGAGCUCUGUUACAUCAUCUUGGCUGGUAUCUUUUUAGGCUAUGUCUGUCCCUUUACUCUCAUCGCCAAGCCCACAAUUACUUCCUGCUACCUCCAGCGCCUCUUGGUGGGCCUCUCCUCUGCCAUGUGCUACUCUGCCUUGGUGACCAAAACCAACCGCAUUGCUCGCAUCCUGGCUGGGAGUAAGAAGAAAAUCUGUACCCGGAAGCCCCGAUUCAUGAGCGCCUGGGCCCAAGUGGUCAUCGCCUCCGUGCUCAUCAGUGUGCAGCUGACGUUGGUGGUGACCCUGAUCAUCAUGGAGCCCCCCAUGCCCAUCCUGUCCUACCCCAGCAUCAAGGAAGUCUACCUAAUCUGCAACACCAGCAACUUGGGUGUGGUAGCCCCCGUGGGCUACAACGGACUCCUCAUCAUGAGCUGCACCUACUAUGCCUUCAAGACCCGCAAUGUGCCCGCCAACUUCAACGAGGCCAAGUACAUAGCCUUCACCAUGUAUACCACUUGCAUCAUCUGGCUGGCCUUUGUGCCCAUCUACUUUGGGAGCAACUACAAAAUCAUCACCACCUGCUUUGCUGUGAGCCUCAGUGUGACGGUGGCUCUGGGGUGCAUGUUCACCCCCAAGAUGUACAUCAUCAUCGCUAAGCCCGAGAGGAAUGUCCGCAGUGCCUUCACCACCUCGGAUGUGGUGCGUAUGCACGUCGGAGACGGCAAGCUGCCUUGUCGGUCCAACACUUUCCUCAGCAUAUUUCGGAGGAAGAAGCCCGGAGCGGGGAAUGCAAAUUCUAAUGGCAAGUCUGUGUCAUGGUCUGAACCAGGUGGAAGACAGGUGCCCAAGGGACAGCACAUGUGGCACCGCCUUUCGGUGCACGUCAAGACCAACGAGAUGGCUUGCAACCAGACAGCGGUGAUUAAGCCCCUCACUAAAACCUACCAAGGCCCAGGCAAGAGCCUGACUUUUUCCGACAACAGCACUAAGACCCUAUACAAUGUGGUGGAGGAAGAGGAGAGUGAGCCAGUGCCCUUCAGCCCACCCAGGAGCCCUUCUAUGGUGGUGCACCGGCGGCUGGCAGCUCCAGUGGCCACUCCACCCCUCCUGACCCAUGGGAUGGAGGAGGAGACCCAGCUGUUCCUGCCUGAGCCAAGAAGCCCCCGGAGCUUGCCCCCUCCACCGCAACAGCCGCAGGAGUCCCAGCACUCCCUCAUGGGCCCGCUGCAAGGGGUGGUCAACAAAUUUGCCGUUGGAAUCCCCGACUUCAACGCCGCACUUGUGGUCCCAGGGGGCCUGGGCAAUGGCAUGCGGAACCUAUACCAGCCCCCACCCCGCCAGCAGCAGCAGCAGCAGGCCCUACCCCUCCAGCUGAGCAUGUUCAGCGAAGAGCCGAUGUCUCCCCCGGCCGAGGACGGGGAGAGUGAGACGUUCAAGCUCAUCCAAGAUUAUGUGUAUGAGCGGGAGGGGAACACGGAGGAUGAUGAGCUGGAAGAGGAUGACGUGAAUCUCCAAGCCUCCAGGAAAUUGACCCCAGAGGCCUCCCCAGCACUGACACCCCCAUCGCCUUUUCGAGAUUCGGUGGCUUCGGGCAGCUCGGUCCCCAGCUCCCCUGUUUCAGAAUCUGUGCUCUGCACACCCCCUAACGGGACCUAUGUCUCUGUCAUUCUGAGGGACUACAAGCAAAGCUCAUCCACCCUGUAGGGGGUUGGAGGCCAUCUUACCGAAAGCCGAGGCAUGGAAGAGGGUUCCAGAGGCUGGGCAGUUUGAAAACGGGAGCAGAAGCGCUGCCAAAGUGGAAAGCGGAAAAAGUGGGAUCGAAGGAAGGAAGGGGAAAUCUAUCAUGACUAGUCCAAUGGAGGGGAGAGGAAAUUCUGCAUCCUGCAUUCUGCACUACAAAAGAUCCAACUGGGGGCUCCACUCCCUGAAUUACUCAAAGGGACCCUGAGGUCCCCCAAGAAGAGAGGAUAUUCCUUCAAAGCACAAACCAGGAUGGCAUAUGGUUAUUUGAGCAAAAACAUAAAAACACAAAGGAAGAACACUGGAGAAACACCUUCACAUGAACAAACACAGGAGCACGCGCGCGUGCACACACACACACACAAACACAUUGAAGCAAACUUGAAAAUGGAAAUGAAAUGUUUUGCAACCGUUCAUACUAACACACUUUCUAGCCCUCAGUCUGAUGCAGAAAGAUGACAUUUAGGCAAUCUGAGAAGCGAGCCAGGAUGGUACUACCGUAUCUAAAGGUGGUGCAGUGGCCUCCCCACAAAUCCUCUUUCUUCUUAUCCCCACUUAUGGAUCUGCAAAAAGUGGAAGGGCCCAGUGGAGGCAUUGGAACUGGGGCCUUCAUUUUGCUCACUGCUCCAGAGACCCUGUCAGCCACUCAAGGCCACAGAAAGAGGUUUGUGCAUACGCUGCUGGUUGUUUCUCCAUUUGGGAAGAUGGAAACAUGGGCAGAAACACAUCAUCGCAUAAUGCUUUGUCAGAGAGUCAGAGAGGUAGGAGGCAGCCUGACAUUUGUAAAUGAUUCUGUCAGCACUAUCAGCUACUCACACUUGAUAGUUUUCUUUGCCUGAUUUUGAAAAAGGGCCAGAAUAACAGCAGACUGAAAAGAGACGAGAGCAAACAGCUUUGCCAAGGUUCUUGGAUCACGCCAAGGGGCUUCAAGUAGUCUUUGGUGAAGAGAACAAACUGUAAGGCUAAACUGUUACCCUCCAUUUUCCGUAGCAAAUAAUAAUUACCAACUGACCAUGUAAUUCCACUGUUUCUCUGUGUUCCUACAAAGCAAAUCCACAUUUGACAGUAGUGUGUGCUCAUAGCAAUGGUGACUAUUUAAAUGAAAAGCAAUUCUUUAUU